AUGAAUCUCCUUCUGAGCUUGGCGACGCUCUUUGCCGUCUUUCACGGCGCUUGGCGCGCUGCGGCGACGGUCGUGGGAGACUUCAACCAUGUGGAGAGGUGCAAGGACUUGCUGUACAUGAGCACGCCACCUCAGGGCAUGGUGGAGACGCAGCUGAAAAAGAUCUGCCAGCGCUACGCCAACAAGCCGCGCUACGUGACGCUGUACGACCCCCACAAGCGCAUCCCUGUCUAUUCCGCGUACACGUUCAAGAAAACGGAGGGCGCCCGAAGAGUUGACUACCCUUGGAUGUACGAACCUCAGCUUGAAGAGACAGACGGCAAUGGUAACAUGCUCCCGUUCCCCCCUGGCUACCUGCACAUGAAGUUUGAGGACAGCCAGGCCAUCCUCGACGACUACUCCGACGUAGUCCUGUACGAGAGGGGCCAGCUGAACCCGGAUCAGCACCAGUCUGACCCACACGACCGCGCCGCUACUUACACCCUUACCAACGUGGUGCCGGAGAUCCGGGAGUUCAGCAUCGGGCCGUGGCGGGAGCACCUGGAGCGUGUCAGGGUGCGCCUGAACAACUACUGCCGAGGCACCGCCUAUGUCGUCACAGGUGUGACCACGGCGGGUCACACGAUCCGCGGCCACAACCAGGAGCGAGCGGCCAUCCCUGAGGACAUGUGGUCGGCCUACUGCUGCACCGACUACGACCGCAACUCACCGCACAACAUCCGCAUUAGCUUCCCAACCCAGGGCGCCCUGGCCAAGAAUGCCAAGGAGGGCAAUGCCGUCCACGAGCUUCCAGUGCAGGACCUGGAGAACUACCUGAAGACCCGCAUGGAUGUGGACCAGAACCUGCAGCUUUUCUACGACAACUGCAUCUCACCCUCGCCACUGCCCUUCCGUUUGCACAACACCAUAUAA